AUGGCGCCAGACAACACCCCAGUCCGACCCCGUAUGCUGAUCAACGGAGAGCUCGUGGGGGCAUCCGAUGGAAAGACCUUUCCGAUCUACAACCCGGCAACACGCGAGCUCUCAGCUGAGGUCCCCGAGGCCAGCGCAGACGACACCAAUGCCGCCGUGGCAGCAGCCAAAGCCGCGUUUCCCGCAUGGUCCGCCCUAGGCCCUGCCAAGCGCGCGGGCUACUUCAAAAAACUCGCCGCGCUGAUCCGGGAGCACCGCGACGAACUGGCUCGUCUCGACGCCAUCUCCAUGGGCAUGCCCGUCUCCACCUACUACUACGCACACAUGGCCGCAGCGCAGUACGACUACUACUCCGAGGCGUGGCCCAUCGUCCAGGGCCAGGCCAGCGUCAACACCCCGGGCUUCAUGACCAUGACGCUGCGCCAGCCGUACGGCGUGGUGGCGUGCAUCAUCCCGUGGAAUGUUCCUGUCUACUUCAUGGCGGCCAAGUCGGCCCCGGCGCUGAUCACGGGUAACACGGUGGUGCUCAAGUCGAGUGAGAAGGCGCCCCUUGCCGUGGCGCGCAUCGCUGAACUGGUGGUGGAAGUUGGGUUCCCGCCCGGCGUGUUCAACAUCAUUUCCGGCCAUGGUGUGCCGUCGGGACAGAUCCUCUCUCGGCACAUGGACGUCCGCGCGCUGAGCUUCACCGGCUCCAGCCGGACAGGGAAAUUGAUUCAGGAGGAGGCGGCGCGGACCAAUUUGAAGAAAGUUGUUCUUGAGCUCGGCGGCAAGUCCCCGGCCAUUGUCUUUGAGGAUGCCGAUCUGGCCAAGACGGCCGCCAAGACGCAGUUCAGCAUCCAGAAUAAUAGCGGGCAGGUGUGCAUGGCGAAUUCACGGAUCUACGUGCAAAAGAGUAUCGCGGAGAAGUUUAUUGAGGCGUUCAAGAAGGAGUUCGCCGCCAAUGCCCGGGCUGGGAAUCCCCUGGAUACGCAGACCAACCACGGCCCGCAGGCGGAUGAGGUGCAGUACCGGAAUGUGAUGAUGUACAUUGAGGAAGGCAAGAAGACGGGCACGCUGGCCAUGGGCGGGAAUGGCAAGCUGGAGGAUACCAAUGGGUUCUUUGUCGAGCCGACCGUGUUUGUCAACCAGCCUGAGGAGGCGCGCAUCACCAAGGAGGAGGUGUUUGGGCCGGUGGUGAUCAUCAACACGUUUGAGACGGAGGCGGAGGCCAUUGCCAAGGCCAACGACACCGAGUUUGGGCUGUACGCGGCCGUGUUUACGCGCGAUGUGAGCAGGGCCAUGCGGGUGGCCAAGGCCCUCGAGAGUGGAUAUGUCGGCAUCAACUGCACUAGUCCCAUGACGGGUCAUGACUUGCCGUUUGGUGGGUAUAAGGGGAGCGGGCAGGGACGAGAGGGGCUGCUGUACAGCAUGAAUAACUUUUUGGAGACGAAGAGUGUUAUCAUGCAGAUAGAUGAGGAGUAG